AUGCGGCCCGACACCGACGCCGUAGCCAAGGCCGCAGAACUGCUGUCGCAGGCCGACAAUCCCGUCAUCGUUAUUGGCGACCGGGUUGGGCAGGCCGGAGGUGCCGCCGAGCUUGUUCGGGUUGCCGAGCAACUGGGUGCCAAGGUAUUUGCCAGUUCCUACACUUAUUCCGAGGUCAGCUUCCCCCUGAACCACGGACAGUACGCCGGAAUCCUUAACCUGAACAGCUCAGCCACCCGGCGGCAGUUGGCGGACGCCGAUGUGGUUCUGGCCAUUGGCACCAACGUAUUCUCCUCAUUCCUUUAUGUGUCUGAACCCUUCAUUUCUCACGGCACCAAAUUGGUGCACAUGGACAGCAGCCUCAAGGAAAUAGAGAAAAUCUAUCCCACUGACCUGGGAAUACCCUGCGACCCCAAGGCAGGGUUGGCCGACUUGGCCGAGGCCCUUGAUCAGGAAAUGUCAGCUUCCGCCCGGGAAGCUGCUGCAACUCGGGCAGCGUCCCUUUCCGACGCCACGCGGCAGGCCAGGGAGGCUUACCUCCAGCGGAUGCAGAACAUGGGUGAUAGCCGUCCCAUGCCCGUUGACCGCAUGAUGUACGAGCUUGCCCAGGCAUUGCCGGAGAACGCCAUACUCGCAGAUGAAGCGAUUACUUCAAGAAACUCACUGUUGCAGGCCGUUGAGCCGUCGGAGCCAGGAAGUUACUACGCUAUUCGUGGCGGUGCUCUGGGCUGGGCCAUGCCUGGGGCCCUGGGCAUCAAGCUGGCAAACCCUGACCGACCGGUAGUGGCUGUUGUAGGCGACGGAGCCUCCAUGUAUACGGUGCAGGCUCUCUGGACGGCGGCCCGCUACAACAUUCCUGUCACUUACGCUAUCUGCAACAACCGUUCCUACCGCAUCCUCAAGGUGAACAUGGACGUUUACCUGCGGGGCAUGCUGGAAGACAAUGAGCGCGACAGCGAAUACGUCGGCAUGGACUUUGCCACCCCAUUGCCUCUGGCGGAACUGGCGGAAGCCAUGGGCGUAGCCGGGCAAAAUGUGGAAGACCCUCGCGAGUUGCGGCCGGCACUGGAAAAAGCCAUUGGCAGUGGUAAACCGUCAGUGGUCAAUGUGAGUAUCGACGGUUCCCUAUAA